ACUUGGUAAUUUAAUAAAUUUUCAUAAAUUCUGUGCUCGAAUUCGUGUGCCAGAGCGACACCCCAUUUUGCGAAGGAUCCAUCUGUUUAGACAAGCCAGCACAAUGACUACCGCUUUGUAUUUGCCCGAGGAAAACAUCGACAUGAUUGCUGCCACCUCGGUGCUACAGCAACAAGCAGCUGACAUUCGCACCAAGACCAUCAACUGGGCCUCUUAUAUGCAGUCGCAGAUGAUCAGCGAGGAGGAUUACCGUGCCAUUAGCGCACUUGAUAAAUCACGCGCCGCCUUUCUGGCCCAAAACUCCAGUCAGGUGGUCAAGACUCUGCUGAAUCUAGUCUCGCAUCUGUCCAAGGACUCCACCAUCCAGUAUAUACUCGUAUUGCUGGACGAUCUGCUGCAAGAGGAUCGCUCACGUGUCGAUCUCUUUCACGACACGGCUGGCAAGCUGAAGCAGUGCAUCUGGGGUCCCUUCCUGAACCUACUGAAUCGUCAGGAUGGCUUCAUCGUCAACAUGGCGUCCCGGAUUCUGGCCAAGUUCGCCUGCUGGGGUCAUGAGACCAUGCCCAAGUCUGACCUGAACUUCUACUUGCAGUUCCUUAAGGACCAACUGGCCAGCAAUAGCACAUCCUAUCUGCAAGAGAUGGCUCUACUGGCCAAGCGGACCCAGACCAUACUCGUGCACACCCACGGACUCCAUGGCAAUAGCAAAGACCACCAUGGCAACCAAUACAGUCCCAGUCUGGCGCAGCUCCAGCAUCAGCAUGAGCAAGAGCUGGUCGUCUCUGCCAACGAGAGCUAUCGGCAGGUGCCCAACAGCAGCGAGCAGGCGCAUCAGCAGGAAAGCAAAUGUGCUAUACCGAACAACGAGUACAUUCAGUCGGUGGCCCGUUGCCUCCAGAUGAUGCUGCGCGUCGAUGAGUACCGUUUCGCGUUUGUGGGUGUUGAUGGUAUCAGCACUCUGAUCCGCAUUCUGUCGACUCGCGUCAACUUUCAGGUGCAAUACCAGCUGAUCUUCUGCCUGUGGGUGCUGACCUUCAACCCCCUGCUGGCCGCCAAGAUGAACAAGUUCAGCGUGAUCCCCAUACUGGCCGAUAUACUGAGCGAUUGUGCCAAGGAGAAGGUCACGCGCAUUAUCCUCGCCGUCUUCCGCAAUCUGAUCGAGAAGCCCGAGGACUCAUCGGUGGCCAAGGACCAUUGCAUUGCCAUGGUCCAGUGCAAGGUGCUGAAGCAGCUGUCCAUACUGGAACAGCGUCGCUUUGACGAUGAGGACAUCACCGCCGAUGUGGAGUAUCUGAGCGAGAAGCUGCAGAACUCGGUCCAGGAUCUGAGCUCCUUCGAUGAGUAUGCCACUGAGGUGCGCAGCGGCCGUCUGGAAUGGUCGCCGGUCCACAAGUCGGCUAAGUUCUGGCGCGAGAAUGCCCAGCGCCUCAACGAAAAGAACUACGAACUGUUGCGCAUUCUGGUACAUUUGCUAGAGACCUCCAAGGAUGCCAUCAUUCUAUCCGUUGCCUGCUUCGAUAUUGGAGAGUAUGUGCGUCACUAUCCCCGCGGCAAACAUGUCCUGGAGCAAUUGGGCGGCAAACAGAUUGUGAUGCAGCAUCUGGGCCAUGAGGAUCCCAAUGUGCGGUACGAGGCCCUGCUGGCCGUUCAGAAGCUGAUGGUACACAACUGGGAAUACCUCGGAAAGCAGUUGGAGAAGGAAAACGAGAACCAGAAACAAGGUGCUGCCGUCAUUACUGGCAAGGCCUAAGACCCCCAAUCCAACAUCCAUGCACAAAUACACUACAAAAAAUCUACCUACAUAUUUUUUAGCCAGGCCGCCAGCCAGCAAAACUUAACCAACAAUAAGAGCUGCGGAGGGGCAUCGCAUCCUCCACUUCUCCUCUCUCCACAUUUUACAUGAUGUUUGUUCGUGCUAAAUUUAAGCGCAUGUUUGUUCCCUGUUUAAACUAAGUUCUUGUUAGUCCAUCCCCUGCCCAAGGCCAGCCCCAUAGAACGCGUAUUGAGAGAACAAUUUGAUUUUUUGUUGGCAUUCCAAAAAGACAGUUCAAAUAGUGGCAAAGAAAAUACAGAUGCAUACGAGUAUAUCCCCUACGAUA